UAAUAGGAAUAAGGCAUUUGUCUCUCUCCAAUAUAUACUACUUUAUCCACUUAAAAGGUCAAGAUUCAACAAACUAAAAUUCCUUAACCUACCAACAAGGGGACGAGAGAGGAAGUACUCUGAUAUGGAAGGACUAAGCAAGGAGCCAUACCUUUGUGACAGAUCAAGCAUCAUGCUCUCUUCUAUUCCAGAGGCUCCUCCAAGUCCAAGUACCCCACUUCAGAAUCCACAUGAAAAGAAACAACAAUCUCUCGAGGAAGAAGAGGAAGAAAAGGAGACAAAGCACAAUACCCUAUUGGAUCUGAAUGUUUCUGGUGAUGAUUACACUCUUGGUUGUAGUCCACAAGGACUAGAACUCAACCUCAUCACUUGUUUAGACAUGGGAUCAUCAUCAUCUAAUGCUAAUUCAUCAGAAACCCCUCUCGGUGGAUCUGAUGCUGAGCCAAGAGUGUUCUCUUGCAACUACUGCCAUAGAAAAUUCUACAGUUCACAAGCUCUAGGGGGCCACCAAAAUGCACACAAGAGAGAAAGGUCCAUAGCAAAAAGAGGGCACAGGUUUGGAACACAGUUAAUGGCUUCAGCAGCAGCUUUUGGCCUUCCCUUUGUGCAUAACAAUCGCUUUGCAAGCAUGGCUUCUCUCCCCCUUUAUGGUGCUUGCAACAAUAGAUCUCUUGGGAUUCAAGCACACUCCAUGAUCCACAAGCCUUCUCAUGUUAAUGGGUUUGGAAGCUCUUAUGGAUACCAUCAUCAUGGUUGGUCAAGACCCAUUAUUGAUCAUCAACCUGGCAUAGCAAAGCUAGCUGGUGUGGCAGAUUUUCACAGGACAAAAUCAACAUUGUCAUCACCAUCACAAAACAGUGUUGGCAGGUUUGAAGUGGUUAGUCCUAUGAUUAAUUCUGCAGCCAAUAAAGAUAUCAGUGGAUAUGUGGUUGUUAGUGGUGGAACUCGGGUGAAGAGUACUAAUAAUCAAGAUGAAAUGAAGCACCUUGAUUUAUCCCUCAAGCUCUGAACAACAUUUUGGGCUUGGUUUGUUUUUUUUAUAGUAUUUGAUUAUGAGUAAUUCUAGAUCAGUAUAGUUAAGAUUUUGCCAAACUUAUAUAUUUUUCUCACCGUGUGAAAUAACAUUUGUGUAUAUUUAUUUAUCGGAGGAUCAAAGUUCAAGGUUCUUUUUUUGUAUAUGACUUCAGAAUCAUUCAACUCCAGUUAGGUCAGGUGCCUUAUUGAGGUGAAAUUUUAAGGUUUGUUGA